AUGUCCGCGGCGGCCGCGGAUCUCCCGGCGGUUUCCACGAGGAGGGAGAGGCGGAGGGAGCGGAAGAAGCAGCGCCGCCGGCGCGCGCGUAGGGAGGCCGCAGCUGUCGCCCGGGCGGCAGCGGAGGCUCUCGCCGCCGACCCCGAGGAGGAGCGCCGCCUCCGCGAGCUCGAGGAGGCCGAGGCCGACGCGUCCGAGCGCGCGCGCCGCGCCUUCGAGGAUGCCGAACGCUGCUGGCUCGAGGCCGCCGCCUCGCGUGCCGCGGAGAAGGCAGCGGCGGCGGCUGCGGAAGAAGAGGCGAGAGCUACCGAAGCUGCUGCACGCGAUAAGUAUAAAGAUGAACACAGAGACGUGUCCGAAGAUGAGGAAUGGGAUUAUGUUGAAGAUGGACCGGCGGAAAUCAUAUGGCAAGGAAAUGAGAUCACCGUGAAGAAGAAAAUGGUCAAAGUACCAAAGAAGGCCAAGGAUAAGCCGCAAAUUCAAGAGGAAGAGAGACCUACAUCAAAUCCACUGCCACCUCAGUCUGUAGCUGUUGCUUCUCAGAGCAGAGAACCUUCCUUGUCUGCUCGAGAACUACUUGAGAAAGUUGCUCAAGAGACUCCAAAUUUUGGAACAGAACAGGAUAAGGCUCAUUGCCCAUUUUACCUCAAGACAGCAGCUUGCCGCUUUGGUGUGCGCUGCAGUAGGGUUCAUUUCUACCCUGAUAAAGCAUGCACAUUGCUCAUGAAAAACAUGUAUAAUGGUCCAGGCCUUGCUUUGGAGCAAGAUGAAGGGCUUGAGUUUACAGAUGAAGAGAUUGAACAGAGCUAUGAAGAAUUUUAUGAAGAUGUGCAUACAGAAUUUCUGAAAUUUGGUGAACUUGUGAACUUUAAGGUAUGUAGAAAUGGAUCAUUCCAUCUUCGAGGAAAUGUUUACGUGCAUUACAAAUCCUUGGAUUCAGCUCUUCUUGCCUACAACAGUAUGAAUGGACGAUAUUUUGCUGGAAAGCAGAUAUCAUGCGAGUUUGUUGCUGUGACAAAAUGGAAAGCAGCAAUCUGUGGUGAGUACAUGAGGUCAAGAUUCAAGACAUGCUCACGUGGAGUUGCUUGUAAUUUCAUUCAUUGCUUUCGCAACCCUGGGGGAGAUUAUGAGUGGGCUGAUUGGGAGAAUCCUCCUCCUAAAUACUGGACUCGGAAGAUGGCUGCUCUUUUUGGUCCCUCAGAUGAUACUGUUUUUGACAAAGCAAGUGCUACCCUAGAUUUUGAAUGGUCACGCAGUUCAGAUAGGAGGAGGCUGAGAAGUUCUGAUGACAGGUACGUUUCAAGUAGAUAUAGGGACGGAGAUGCACAUAAGAGACACUCGUCAAGAGAUUAUUCACAUUCAGAGCACGAACAGAGCAGCCUUAAGCAUGGGCACAGCCGACAUAGAAGAGAACCGCCUGCAGAGCAUAAACAACAAGGCCAAGAGAUUGAAGAUAAUACUGGUAGAUACUCUUCUGCCAUGGAAAAUGAAAGAGUGUCUAAAAAGCACAUAGGCAAAGAAAGAAGAAAUGACCAUGGUGAUGGACAACGAGACGAUGAUAAAAUCAAGUCUAGAAAACACAGAUCUGAACGGCGUGAAAGUGUGGAGCCUGGAUGUUCUGAUUGGCAUUCAGAAUUUACUGAUGCAGGCGCCAGCAAGAGUCCUCCAGGCAGCAAGUCCACGUACAAUGACCACAAAAGGAGCAGGAGGCAAUCCUAUGACGAUCCCUAUCUUGAAGGGCGCUAUUCCACUUCACACAAAUCACCAAGAAAAGGGCGCAGCAGUAAAAGAAGCUCCAGGCGUUCCACAGGAGACGAUUCUUAUGAUGAGAAAGAUGGUGAAAGACACAAAUACAGAAAUCACAGUGAUCUUUUCGAUGACACUGCGCCUGAUGAUAGAUGGUUAGCGACAAAUAGUGAUGUUGAUUCUGAUGCAAAACCUCAAUCCCCGAGGUCAAGCCAUAGACUUGGUAAGCUUGGAAGUGAGGAUAACGCUCACCCAGACGAGGAUGAUCAUUAUCAAAGGUCCAGGAGUAGGCGUACUAAGUGGAGAAUGGAGGAUGACAAGAGCAGUAGGAAAAGGAAGCAUCACAGCAAAAGCAAGAAGGGCAGCGAUAGCGACGAAGAUCCUUCAGACUCGAAAGACACUAGGAAUUUGGGCUCUCAUGUGUGUAGUAGUCGAUCAAGAAGCAGCGAGGACGAUGUUUCAUUGCACAGAUCGAGGAAGAGAAGUCGCAGUAGUCGUGAUUCGUGACUGACGCAGCUGAAUAUCUGGGCAUCUGGCCACUGGCAACUCUGGGUUUUGGAAGAUCGAAUGCCGUAUAGAUGGCACUACCUCAUGUAGUAGUCAUUUGGCAGCCUUGUUUUCUACUGCUUCCCCCCCCCCCCCCUUUCCUCUUUGCUGAUGAGAGGUUCUUUUCUGGAGAGAAGCUUUCUUGCGACGCAGAAGGCUUAUCAUUUUCUUUUUGCUAAUCUAGAGUUAUUGAUAUAUGGGAACGAUGCUACGGUGAUGUCAAUGAGGGGUGUUAGCCGUAGACUCCACCUAUGUCUAGAAGGAUAGUCUUUAGCAAAUCAGAUGGCGCAUAACCUUCUCCUGUCUCAGUAACAUGCUAGGGCCCUGCGGGAGUACUAGUUUAUAUUUGCGAAUCAGGGAUUGUUUCUCCUCCUA